AUGGGCGCCGGCCGGGGCCGCUGGCAAAGCCCAGCGGGCACUCGGGUGGCAUCGACGGCUUUGGCGUGGCUGGCGCUGCGGGCGUCCCCCGCGGCGGGCGCCGACGAUGACCAGGUCAUGGCGGGGGUCGUGUGCAAGUACAAGAAGCAUGAGAACAAGGCCUACAUGAGCGCCGUCAACUGGAUCAAGCUGCAGAGCCAGGAGGAGGCGGCGAAGCAGUGCUCCGAGCGGGAGCUGUGCGAGGGGUACCACCAGCAUCCCUUCACGAAGAUGUGGUACCUGUUCAAGGAGGGCGCUGAGUUGAUCGAGGAGGGCAGGGUGACCGAGGGGUUCGUGGCCUACAAGUCGAAGAAGAAAGGCCCGACCCACGCGAGCGCGAGCGCAGGCGGCCUGGCCGGCGCGGCCUCCUGGCCGGCCCUGGGCGCGGGCGCGGCCUCCCGGAGUGGGGCGCACGCGCGUGCCGGCGAGGUUGCGGCUGCCCCUGCCUCCGUGGAGGGCGCCGCCCUGAAUUCUCGUUUGCCCCUCAUUGGCUGCCUGGCCGGGCUGCUGCUGCUGGCGACGCUGCGGGGCGCCGCCGGCGGCGAGGGGCAGACGGACGGGCUCGACCUGUCCGACACGUGCGAAUCGUGUUUGGUCAAGGGUGGCGGGUGGUGCACCACCGAGCAGCGCUGCGUUGAGGACGACAUCGCGCACUGCGACGCGGAGAGCCUGAUCGGGUUGGCGGGCUUCACCAACGACUGCGGUUCCGACGAGGAGGGCCAGAAGCCCCGGGUGCGGCCGUGGAUAGACAAGGGCGUGCUGGUGUCGUACCCGCACGAGAACGGGACUUGUUGCUUGGGCAUUGGCAUUGUGAAUCGUGGCGCGCGGCCCACGUCCUGGAGGAGUACACCGUCCUGCUGCGCGACGGGUCUAGGGAGGAGGUGA